CGAACCGGUCAUCACUACUAGCAGUACGCGAGUGCACGAGCUCUAAUGUCACAAAGAUAAAAAAUGAGGGAGGAUGUAUAUGAGGUCCCCGAGGGGACGGAGUAUCGUUAUCUAGUGCAGGACGAAGAAGAGGAGCAGAUACAGUACGUCCGUCGCCUCUAUGUCAGUCCAUUCCUGGUGGUGUCGCGCAGGUGCAUGUUCCUCAUCAGCUGCGGUGUGAUCGCUCUCCUCUCUCUCGCGGGAUGCCUGGCUUACGUGGCUGAGACUCCGCCUCCAGGAGUGGCAGAGGUGGAGACCGAGUGCGGUUGGCUGCGUGGGAGCUGGAAAGGUGGAGCUUAUUCUUUCAAAGGCAUCCCAUAUGCAAUACCACCUGUGGGUGAACGUCGCUGGCGACCUCCGGCGGACCUAGUGGAGGCGGGACAGUGUUGGCAGGGCGUGUACGAUGCUACUCGAUUCCGUAGCAUCUGUGCGCAGGUGCAGCCCCUCCGAAAAGACGGGCAGGUCAUGGGACAGGAGGACUGUCUGCAUCUCAGCGUGUGGACGCCGAGUCUACAGCCCGCCAAACCACUGCCCGUCAUGGUGUGGAUCCACGGAGGGUACCUCCACAUGCUGAGCAGCCAGGAGAGAGGAUACUCGCCCACCGAAGAGCUGGCGGCCCGUACGCAGACGGUGUACGUCAGCCUGAAUUACAGGCUCAAUGCUUUCGGCUUCAUGGCCCUGGAGGUGUUCAGGGAAGGUUCUCCCACCAACUCCUCAGGGAAUUAUGGCUUCAUGGACCAGAUCCAAGCACUUCAGUGGGUCCAGAGAAAUAUCCAUAACUUCGGUGGUGAUGCUGGAAGGGUUACCAUAUUUGGUCAAAGCUCAGGAGGAACUUCGGUUUGGGCCUUGAUGAUGUCUCCACUAGCCAAGGGACUCUUUCAUCGCGCGAUUGACAUGAGCGGCUCGUAUGUGUAUAAUGCUUCCCUGGAGUCAGCAGAAAAAGACAACUUAGAAUUCCUGAGGAGAACUGGCUGCAAGAACGCCAUCUGCCUGAGAGGACUACAUAUCGCUCAAGUCCUUCAGGCAAUCCCGUGGCAGCAGUACCCAGCAUGGGCAGCCGAUGAAUUAACCGAUCUUCCAGUCAAAGGUGUUUUUCUUGGCCCGGUUGCAGUAGUUGACAACUAUGUUCUCAAAGCUCCUCCGUUCGAAACCUGGGAGAAGGGUGGAGCCGGAGCCUAUAAUGACGUCCCAUUUGUGGUUGGAACAACUGAACAGGAGACUGAUUUUAGGUAACCAGCUUUCACUAAAGUUUACAUGUUUUUCCUCACCACAUCUCUGUUGAUCGUUCACUCAGACAAACUGACCCCUUUCGGAGAGGCCUUGACCAAUCAGGCGCUGAGGCUGUACAAUAGCUCGGCUCCGUGUCCAACCUCUGACCGAUGCCCAGAGAGACUCUUCACCACCAUAGUCUCUGACAUGAGGGCCACCUGCCCCAGGAACGACCUGGCUAAGAGAGCUGCAGGAGCCUUAAAGAGUCCAGUGUACCGUUAUCUGGUGACUUACACUCCAUCAAAACAGGCAAACGCCUCCAGCUGGCUUCCCUUCCCCAGUCGCUUUGCCUUUCAUCUUCUAGACAGCCUGGCCUUCUUCGGGGGUCUUGAAAUGAUGCUGGGGACCCUGUCACCGGCUGAUAUCAGCUUCCAGGAAAUGAUCACCAAGUAUUUUGUACAUUUUGCCAAAGAGGGUAGGAUGCCAGAGGAGUGGCCGAAGUUCCCCUCACAUGUCGCCCUGCUGGACAAGAACAUUUCUUUCGUAACAAGCUACUCCCGCGAGAGGUGUGACCUGUGGGAGGAGAACGGCUUCUACUCGUACGCCUGGAUCAACUGAGCCACAUCACUGGUUGUAUCGAUCCAUCCACUGCAUUUUCAUCCGAGCUUUAUUGCGUGAUUAUACAGCACUGAUAUAUGUGACCCUGGACCACAAAACCAGUCUUAAGUGUCAAU